AUGACAAACUGUGAAUUACUUGCACAUCAAAAAGAAUGCUUUGGUAUAGGUGGUAAAACACCAAACAACAUUACAAGUUCAAACGACCAUGAUUCUUCCUACUCAUUAGAGGAGUCAAGUGGUGUUGAAUGUGCUAUGUCCAUGUUACAAUUUCGAAACAUUCUAAACCACGCGAGUAAUAACGGUAGUGGACUUCGUGCUGAUGAUCGAUUCUUUCAUAACGAAAUAUUGAAGUAUAUUUUGAAUGGAGAACAUAAAAUAGCAAAUGAGGUAUUGCAGAAAAGUGAGUUGGAGGGUACUGCAGCACAAUUUGGGAUGGAAAUAGUCCCUAUAGCUCCAUAUGGUAACUGCUUUUUUACUGCCAUUGUGUUUUCAAUUGUUCAGAAUAUUAGCAAAUCUAAUACUGCAAGCAGAUUGUAUGAGAAUUUGGGAAUUCAAUUGUACAAUACAAUGGAAGAAGUUUCACAAACAACUGACAACAGACAAGUUAAAAAGAAACAAAGCUCUGACAUUUUUUACAUAACGUCCAGAAAAACCAAUGCGAUGAUCUUGUGA